AUGAUGCAUGGUGUACAGCAGUGCAGAAGCACACACAGUCCCCGGUGUCCGCGCGCAUGAGUGCGAGUGAAUGCAUCAGCGCUGCUGAAGAAUGAGAGCAAUUCUAAAGAACGGAAGUGGAUCGACCAUUUUGAAACCCCGCACCGUUUAGCACAAUGGAUAAGGGCCAAACGAUAAAGCUCUUCGUAGGAAAUCUGGCCCUGGACACCACACAAGAAGAACUGUCAGCCAUCUUUGAGUCGUACGGCCAGGUGGUUAGCUGCAGCGUCUUGAGACAGUUUGCUUUCAUACACCUGCAAGGAGAGGGUGCUGCUGAACGUGCCAUCCGGGAGCUCAAUGGCCGAGAGUUCAAAGGACGCAACCUUGUGGUCGAGGAGUCCCGAGGACGCCCGCUUCACUCAACAAAGGUGUUUGUGGGUAAUCUGAGUAGUAUGUGCACCACAGAAGAUCUUCGGGAGCUGUUUCAGACCUUUGGGAAAGUUUUGGAGUGCGAUAAGGUAAAAGGUUAUGCCUUUGUGCACAUGGAGAACAAGGAGGAUGCGCUGCAGGCUAUUGAGGCUUUGCAUGGGACCUCCUUCAAAGGACGACCGCUCUCUGUGGAGCUGUCCAAAGUUCAGCCAAGUAAGCAGACUCCAACUGGGAAAAUCCCAUGUGUCAGCUGUGGAAAACAGGGCCAUUAUGCAGGUGAAUGCCCAGCCGGUAAGCCCACCCUGGAGCAGUACCAGAGCCAAGCAGCCGUGUUAGCCGCCGCCGCUGCUGCAGCUGCCGGCCUUCCACUGCAGGUUCAACAGAGUGUCCACAACUCUGUAUACAACACCUCAACUUUUGACCCCACGUAUGCUGCUUUGACUGGACUUACAUCUGGUGGAGCAAGGGCAGAAGGAGGAACUGCCGUGGCUCCAGCUGUUUAUGGAGCACUAGCUAGUCAAGUGUAUGGAACAGUUUCCAAUCAGCUCUACGGUGGGACAGUUGCAAACCAGGCACUCAACUCUGGUGCUGCUGCAGCUGCCGCACAGGUGUAUGGCUCCGUUAACCCAGCUCUCUAUGGGCAAGUGACAAGUGGUGCAGUUGCAGCCGCCGCAGCUGCCGCUGGUGCAUACGGUCCACAAGUUUACGCGCACGCAUUAGCAAAUCCAGUGUUCCUAACUGCAGCGCACAGCAUGGAAGUACCAGGAGCUGCAACUGCUGCUGUUAACCCAGCUUAUACAGUAGCACCGGCUCUCUACACCGCUACCCCAGCUUAUGGGGCUCUUGGGGCAGCUGACUCAGCAGCUUUCUUUGAGGCAGCAAGGGCACACUACUUUGCACAAGGCCAGCAAGUGCUAGCAGAACAGCAACAGGCUAGCUCAAAGUCUGGAGAAAGGGACCGGAGUCCACUGAGAAGAUCUGCCCCACUGUUGCCUGACCCUAUUAUGAAACCAUUUAUGUACCAGAGGGCCAAGCGCAGAGCUUUAUUGCCUACACCUGCAGGUCGAGAGGAAGCCGCUGCACAGGAGGAUGACCCUGUAGCCAGAUACUACGCAGAAUACUACCAGCAGUACCAGCAGCUGCAGCAGUAUCCACAGUACCAGUACGCGUAUCCAUCUCACAACCCUCUUGCAGCGGUGUCUGCACUGCAGACUCUGUCUGGUGUGCCUACUCAGCCGGUGGCAACGCUUGACUCCCUCAGGCCAGUGCUGCCCGCCGCCCCCGUGCCUGCCGCCAUCGCCAUGGCAACACCCCGCGUGUAUGAGCCACCGCCGAUUCCGCCGUCGCACAAGGAACCCCUCCUCCGCCGCCCCGAACUCGCCCUACACACCCCUGAAACACCCUUCCGAUAGUGUGCUCCACAUCCUCUCUGCCUCUCCUUUCCUUGUGCUGCGUGUGUGUUUGUGUGUAUGUGUCAGAAAGAAACCACAGGUGUAUGUUUAUGACGUGAUUGUGCUUGGGUUUAAGACGGUGGCCAUGUCAGUUUUAACUACAGACUGGAGUCUCUAACCUUGGUUCUGAUCUCAAACACACCCAGUGCAGUCAGGGCUGAAAAGGGAAACUGCAUGCUCUCAUUCCUGCACACGUAACCAAUAUAACACAUUGUGUUUAAAGAAACCUUCAAUCUAUGGCCAAUUAGUUUUGAAGGGUAGAUUAGGCACUAGUCAUGAUGCUUUUUAAAUUUUAUAUUCCUAAGUGUUUGUAGUCUAUGAAUGAAUACUGGACUUGAUAUUUUAAAAUAUUGCUUGAUUAUAGUUAUAUAAACUUUACCAGUUUACGCAUUCAUACAGUUAUUAAGAAAUUAGAUUUUAAUGCAUUUUAAAAAUGUUUAAAUAAGUUGAAUGUACGUUUACUCCAAAGGUGUGUGAAGUGUAGGACCAGGGUUGGACAGUAUUUUACAUGUCUUUGUGUGUUUUUCUUGUUUUUCUCUGGGACUGUGGUGUAGUGUGUAUGCUUUCCAUUGGUUGUCACGACUGGAUCGCACAUGUGUACACGUGCACAGGGAAGCAACCUCGAUUCACACGCACAUACUUACACCUCAGAUGGGAGAAACUUUAGUUAUGACCUUUAACCCCACCCUUUCAUCCCUGUCCACCCAUCCUGAAAGCUGAAAGACACUGUGACUUCUCUCCCCUUCAACUUUAAUGUAGCUAUUUCCAUAGAUAUGGUGAUGUAUGGGAAAAAAACAAUCAGGAAGGUGUAGCUAGUCAGCUUUUGCUGUGAUCUGUCUUAUGUGGAGCAUCAUUAAGCUCGCCAACUUAACUGCCAUGAUGCAUUGUAGAAUCUGUUUUUUAAAGUGUCUUUUUUUAAUGCUAUCAUGUUUUUAUAAACGGUGAUGAGGGACUCAAAUAUACAUUUAAAGAGACAUACUCCUUUUGAUUGUUAACUUUUGUUUACAGCUUCAAGAGAGACAACAUGUUCUUUCUUGUGGCUUUUUCACAGUGAUUUUUUUUUUUUUUAGAAAAACAGCCAAAAUCAUUAGUGGCCUAUUAUUCUUAUGCCUUAUGUAUUAAAUUUGUUACUUUUUUUAUCUGUAGUCUUAUAAAGUGAAACUGGAUUAAGACUACACGAAAGUGCUGUAUAUUCUGUGGUGCUGUGAUAUGGGAUUAAAUGAAUUGGGAGAUUCCUAUCAGUUUCUUUCAGUCUUCCUGCACAUUUUGCUGCUUCAACUCCAUAGAUGACCCUCACUGCAUCUCUCUUCAUCUUUCUUUGCAUCUGCCUCUCAAUUUAGUGACAGCAUUUCAUUUGUUUACCAUGCCCCUGUUCGCACCUAUGUGCUGAGGAUGCCAGUGUGUGAAUGUGAUCUUAGAGAACAUUUUGCAUCAACAUUCAUGUUUGUAGUUUCUAUCAUGGUAACUGUUCUUGCCGCAAGUGUUCUCAGAAGAGAAGACUUUAAAGAUCUGUACUCGAUCUUUACGACUAUAACAAGCCUUCAAAUAAAGAGCCUGCCUGAUCAUUUAAAGAGGGAAUUCGAGAGCUUUUGCUUGGAGCUUUAGCUGUUUUUUGCUUUUUGAUGUUUCAUAAUUGUUUUUCCUUUGUGAAACGACCAGACUCGUAUGAAUCGGAGCCCUGAAAAGAAGCUAAAGGACUUGAGACUGAUCCCAAUCUCACCCCUGUCUCUAUGGAUGGGGUAAGUCUAGGGGCAACCCCACUCUAUACCCCCCAGCUGCACACACCAUACUAAACCCCUUCCCCCGGAGCAGCAAAAUCUUCAACCCAGCUUUUGGUACGUUUUAACCACACAUAGUCCCCAUGCAGCUUCUUUAACUGGAGUGUGGUACAGUGAUGACUAUCCUUGACAUGAUGUUAUGAUGCAAGCAUAUUGUAAAACAUUUAUGUCUUAGGAGGCACCCACACUUUAAAACCUUUUUGCAUUUCCUUUACUUGUACGCGAUGGGGCAAUUGUAAAUUCAAGAUAUCACCCACAAAGCUUCGCUCACUUCUGCUUCCAUUGUGCAUGUUUCUUUUUUGUUUUUGUUUUUUUUUCACCCCCGAAUACAAACGCUUUCUGAUGUGACUGUUCCAACUGAACUAGGUCCCUAUGGAACUGUGGACACCAAACGCAGAGCUGGUUUGGGGGGAAGAAAGUUAGCGUCGCGCAAUGCACAGGAAACUCUCUCACUCCAUACAGACGUUCACGGCGUGGUGUAACUCUCAUCUGCGUAAAGCGGGAACUCAGAUCGAGAACAUUGAA